AUAUCGACGACUCGAAAUUCAUCGGUUCCUCUGUGAUCAACUCCACGUUUGCGCACAACAAGACUGGCUGUCAGAUGACGUUCGAUGACGAUUACAGCGCGUACUGGGUGUAUUUCAUCAACUUCCUUGGCACGCUAGCCGUGUUGCCAGGCAACAUAGUCUCCGCCCUCCUUAUGGAUAAAGUGGGCCGUCUGAGCAUGUUAGGCGGCUCGAUGGUGUUGUCCGGCAUCAGUUGUUUCUUUCUGUGGUUCGGCACCAGUGAGUCCAUGAUGAUAGCAAUGCUCUGCCUUUAUAACGGACUCAGUAUAUCGGCCUGGAACUCACUGGACGUGGUGACGGCCGAACUGUAUCCCACCAACAGGAGAGGAACUGGCUUUGGCUUUUGUAACUCCAUGUGUAAGCUGGCCGCAGUCUUGGGGAAUCUAAUAUUUGGGUCGUUGGUGGGAAUCUCGAAAUCCAUCCCGAUCCUGCUGGCGUCGUCUGUGCUGGUCGUCGGAGGCCUGGUGGGUCUGCGGCUCCCCGACACCCGCAACAACGUCCUCAUGUGACCCCACCACACCUGUGACCUCUGACCCUGAGUCGUCACGGAAACACGCAGGACACGCUCAGGGUGCAGGUGGAAGCGACUGUGACGUGUUUGCUUCAUUUAUUCAUUUAAAGUGUGUUAUUCAUUCAGUUAGAGAUGUUUAUUCUCUGUUGAACUUGCCCAGUUCAGAUCAAAAGAUUAGAUUUUGAUGCCUUUGUUACAGUAUAUCAAAUGUUAUGAUGUUAUGAAAUGUAAAAACGAAAAAAGGGUCGAAAU